ACAGGUUCAGAAUGAGCUUUGCAAGGUGGAAGCGCGUCUCAGCCCCAACACCCGUUCCACGCAGCAUCGCACGUUGCUGAGCCCCCUCGAUUCCUCCUGCAUUACAAAUAUCAGCACAGGAGCUUCCUAACUGCGUCUCCUGCUGCUGCCGGCUCCGCAGCUUGGAACAGGUUAGGUUCCCUCCUGAAUUCUCUCGUUAUUAAUAUCACAAACCAAGCUGUUCUGAGAGCGGUGUCCCAUUAAUCAUUUUAGCUCUGCUGCAGUUUUCACCUCGCUUCCUCUUCCUGCGCCUGAACAGUCUUCAAUAACGUUUGACUCUGUGGGUAACGCUCGGUUAAAAUCAGCAACUCUGCCAGGGCAGGGAAGGACCCUGACCUGAGCAAGCCGGGGGCAAGCAAAGGUGGGACAAGGAUACGUCCACACAGCCACGGCGGCACUGCGCCAUAAAAAAUGGGCUACACCAGCUGAUGGUAGUAGGGACUCGAAGGGAAGAGAGCUACCCCCAUUAAAUCUUUGCCUCUAAACUUGAAUUUUCUGGAGUGCUGUCCAUACUGGAGAAACACAGGAAAAGCGAAGAUAUCUAAUAAAAUACAAGGGCAGCUCAGCAGCUCGUGUGAGUCAGCAGCAAGGCGGGUGGCAGGUCUGGUCAGAGAUUUCCGAUGCCUACCUGGGCUCUGUUUGUGUGUGAGGGCACCGCUUCCUUUCGCUCUCUUCCUUCCUACGUUUAAUCCUGCUGUGUGUUACAAGCAAAGGUCUCAACCACUCUGAGUAUCUACCUCUGGGUUACCUAACAGAGGGCCAGAAGUUGCUUACAGAGCAUCUGCUUGAAAAUCUGCCUCCGAUACCAUCCCACUGCCUGAAAUUCCUCGAGGCCACAUUGUGUCGUCUUAGGUGCUGAAACCCAGUAACACAGCAUCCCUGCAGCUAACCCGAAGCUUCCCUCUUACACCCAACACCCUUUCCAACUUUCUGUCCUUUGCCAUCAUCUUUGCCCUCCAUCAGAGGUGGAGACUUCAUUUCUUUUCUCCCUUUGCAUUCUACAAAAGCCUUUCCCUGAGCGCUGGGCCACAUCCAGCAGCAUCCAUUGGCGCCCAGCAGCUGAAUUAGGUGCUCAGCCCUGCAGUGUGAAUGCCGCCGCACAGGACCGAGAUCCGUCCCGAAGCCUCCCACAGCUGCACCCUUUUGUACCUGCCACUUUGCCGGCACGCUGCAGCUUUCAUCCAUAAGCAAACAACGUUUUUCAGCAAUUUCUGCUGAGUCAGAGAAUGCCUCCGCGAGGGCUGCCGCUUCUCCACGUGGGAACGUGCUUCUGGGGAAUAAUUACAGAGAGUUUAAACAGGGACAUUCGGCAGCCAAAUUGCUUCACAUCCAGGCUCCUGGCCAGGAAGGCAGAGCCCAAAAGCUGCUCGUUGGCUCUGUGAGAAAAUACCUCGCACCUGCGCCCAUCAUGGGCGUGCAUUGCCCGUGGGCUAAGAUCACUCCUUACGUGGCAGCGCCCCGGCACUGAAAGGUGUGCUCACGGCUUGGUGCAUCCCACGAAGCGAGCUGCUCCACAAAUUAGCCAGCUUGCACUUACCGAGCAUCUCUGUGCGUGCUGUCUUCUCCGGACCAUGCCCACUGAAGGAUUUUUACCCCUCUCUACCCCCCCACCGCUGGAUUUGGGAACGUGCUGCGCGGCAGAAAGCCGAUCCCUGUGAAGCUCUGGUUCUGCAAGGGAGAUGACGGAAGCACACUGCUAGUAACUUUUCUCCCCCUAAAUUUUGAGGCAUAUUUUGAGGUUGUGAAACAUAUUGACUGUGAAAUAGAGAUAAGAACUGGAGUAGACACAAACAGCGUAGGCGUUACUCCUGGUUUUUUGCAACUCCCACUCUGUUGCAAAAAUAGUACAGUGAGGAGCACGCUGCUCCGUGCCAUCCUUCAGGGACCAAACAACGGUGUGACCAUGUUCCUGGACAUCGGCAGACUGAACCAGAAGCAGAGCUGGGACGUAAGGCACGUGCAGAGGUGCUGAACGCUUCCUGUUCCUUAAAAUCAAUGGAGAGAGAUCUUACAAAAAGAUCAAAUUAAAUCAUUUUAAAUGCUAUAGAAAUAUAUAAAAAGUAGUGAUAUCAUUCCAAAGUGCUGCAAAACCACAUUGCACUGAGCUAGAGCACUUUACAUCAAGAAAAGGGGCAAUGGGAAGCCACAGCGGGGGAUCACCGCAUCCAUUUAGUUUCUGUUCACAUUGCACACGACGCACCUGGUCUUUAGACCACACCUGUGCCGUAAUUCCUAUGUGCCCUUAAUUCUUUUGCAAUCUAAACCUGAGCAAAAUACACUUAAUUAGGUGCAGACCAGUUGCAGAAAUCAGAUAAGACUUGCUGGCAGGCAGCGCUUCCAGGAGAUGCACCUCCUGAUGGAUGGGGACGUUGUGCAACUCGGGGAGAGCAUCACCCAGCCGUGGGCUGGCGGCGGGGAGAACGCUCGCAAUAAGACGCGAAGGUGUCGCCUCGGUGGAGGAGAAACUCACGGACGAUUUCACAGACGGCGGCAGCGGUGGCUUUCUGACUCGGGGGAUAGUCACCGGACCUCCCACGACGGGACGGGCCACCGGCAUGGACGGCGAUGACACCAUAACCGCUGAGGUCUGCAAGGAAGCUGACGUCGGGGAUGGAGAGUUGCGGGAGGUGAUGGUGGCUGGCUACCCUGUGCUGCUGGUGAGGAACAAGAAGGAGUUCAGCGCCCUGGGCAGCAAGUGCCCCCACUAUGGUGCCCCGCUCAGCAAAGGAGUCUUGAAGGGGGAGAGGCUGCGCUGCCCCUGGCAUGGUGCCUGCUUUAACAUCAAAACCGGAGACAUCGAGGAGUACCCGUCUCUGGAUUGCCUUCCCUGCUUUAAGGUAACAGUGAAAGACGGAAAGGUGUUUGUUACAGCAAAAAAGAAGGAUCUUGAAAGCAGUCUGAGGGUGAAGGACACAAGCAAGCGAUGCCUUCUUAACCGGGACACUAUGCUGCUUCUAGGUGGAGGCGUGGCUGCCCUGGCAUGUGCGGAGACACUUCGCCAAGAGGGCUUUACUGGAAGGAUCAUCAUGGCCACCAAAGAGAAACAUGUUCCAUACGACAAGUCCAAACUGAGCAAGGAAAUGAACUUGAAAGCUGAGGACAUGUACCUGAGGAAACCUGAAUUCCUCGAUGCUCAUGGCAUAGAGGUCUGGACAGAGAAAGAGGCAGUGUCGGUGGAUUUCCAGAAACAGAAGGUCCGCUUCAUGGAUGGGUCCUCUCAGAAGUACAAUCAGCUGCUCAUUGCAACAGGCAGCCACUCCAGCUCCCUCAAAGUCCCAGGUGCAGACCUGCAGAAUGUGUGCAUUCUCCAAACCCCUGAAGACUCUAGCAAGAUCUUAGCGCUGGCAACUGGGAAGAAUCUGGUGAUUGUAGGAGCUUCAUUCGUAGGAAUGGAGAUAGCUGCCUUCCUCUCAGACAAGGCUGGUGCCAUCUCAGUGGUGGAAAAAAAGGAGCUUCCUUUCCAGAAUGCGCUGGGUCCUCAGGUUGGAGGUGUUGCCAUGAAGAUGCUGCAAAGUAAAGGGGUGAAGUUUUACGUGAAAACAGAACUGUGUGAGCUGAAAGGAAAGGAUGGAAAGGUCACGGAGGCUGUUCUUGCCAGUGGAGAGAAACUACCUGCCGAUGUGGUAGUGGCGGGGAUAGGGGUGUUCCCCAACUUGGCAUUUCUGAAGGGCACCUCCAUCGCCAGAGAUGAGAGCGGUGCCAUCCUGGUGGAUCUGCGCAUGCAAACCAACAUCCCAAAUACCUUCGCUGCGGGGGAUGUGGUCUCCUUUCCUGUAGCGCUGCUCAACGGGGACCGGACCAGCAUCCAUCACCAACAAGUGGCCGAGGCCCACGGUCACAUUGCUGCCUUAAACAUGCUGAAGAAAGAGAAGGACUUGCACACGGUUCCCUUCUUCUGGACCACGAUGCUUGGGAAAAGCAUCCGCUACGCAGGCUGCGGGAAGGGAUACACGGACACUGUUGUGAAGGGCAGCCUGGAGCAACAGAAGUUCCUGAUCUUUUACAUCAGGGACGGCUUCGUGACUGCAGCUGCCAGCCUGAACUGUGACCCCAUGGUAUCUCUGAUUGCAGAAGUUUUAUACUUAGGGAAACAAAUCUCUAAAGAAGAAGCAGAGGCCUGCGACAUCUGCAAUAUACCCCCGCUGGCAGAAACCUAAGCUCAGUACAUGCCCUGCUGUGAGGGGCAUGGAGUCAACCAAGUGUUAACAGCUCCACAUCCUCCCGUCCUGGCUCAAGAGAAAUAAAAUCACGAGCAAAACUGAACC